UCCUGCGGACUCCACCCUGCGCUGCCUGUUUCCAGGAAAGGCGUCUUUCAGCUGCAUUUGACUGCUGCUUCACAUCUGCGAAGCGCUGCUCUGGGAAAAAAAAAGUUCCCCACAACCUGCUCUCUCUCACACACACUCACACACACAGCCGCUCGUGAGCUGCUGUUAGGAUCCGCGUGAGCUCGGUGUGAACGGACCGGACCGGGUGGAGGUCUGCUGAACCGUGGUCAUGUCGAGGUCGGACUACCCUCCAGGGUACGACGACUCCCACGGCCCGCUGUACGGACCUCAGGGUGGGGGCUACCCUCAGCCCCCGGCGUACGGCUUCCCCUCCUACGGCGGCCCGCAGCCGGGCCAGCCCGCCGCCCCCUACCCCGCUGGUCCCAAUGCCCCCCUGUACCCGGGCCAGCCGGGGGGCUAUCCUCCGGGCCCUUACCCGGGGCAGCCUCAGCCCGGCGGGCAGCCGAGGGCGGGCUACCCCGCCCCGCCGCCCAUGCCCCCGAUCAUCCCGCCCACCAUCCCCUCAGACGUGCUGCACUCCGGUGAUGAGUUCGCAGCGGCGGGCAGCGGCUGGGACGACCUGAGCAUCCGACACGCCUUCAUCAGAAAGGUUUAUUUGAUUUUGGCGUCCCAGCUCCUCGUCACCACCGCCAUCGUGGCCGUGUUCACAUUUGUCCAGCCUGUUAGAAGCUUUGUGCAGAGAAACCAGGCUGUGUACUGGGCAUCCUACGGAGUGUACUUCGUCACCCAUCUGGUGCUGGUCUGCUGUAAAGGUCCCCGGAGGAAGUUUCCGUGGAACGUCAUUCUGCUGUUCAUCUUCACUCUGGCUUUGUCCUACAUGACAGGAUCCGUAUCAAGUUAUUAUGACACAAAAGCCGUGUUUCUGGCUCUGGGGAUCACUGCCGUCGUCUGCAUCGCCGUCACCGUCUUCUGCUUCCAGACGAAGGUCGAUUUCACCAAGUGCCGCGGGCUUUUCUGCGUCCUCGGGAUCGUCAUGUUUGUGACGGGCAUCAUCACAAUCAUUGUGCUGUCCUUCAAAUACAUCCCAUGGCUUCACAUGCUCUACGCAGCUUUAGGCGCCAUCGUCUUCACUCUGUUUCUGGCGUAUCACACCCAGCUGCUGAUCGGAAACAGGAAGUACUCCAUCAGUCCGGAGGAGUACGUGUUUGCUGCGCUCUCCAUUUACACCGACAUCAUCCAGAUCUUCCUUUUCCUGCUGCAAAUAAUCGGCGCUUCCACAAAAUAAGUCCGCGGGAGUACGGGUUGGACCAGCUCAGUCCCCAAAAGAAUCGAGCAACAAAACCAUUCCAAGCUUUUUACAAACCUUCUGAUUCGCCAAUACAAAUGAACGUCUGUUUAUAAAAUCACCAAACACUCCAGGGAAAACUUGUAAGGGCUGAAUUUGAUAUUUUGUUACCAUGUAGGUCAAACCUAUGCACAAAAAUGCACUUUUCUUCUGAUAUCUAUGGCUGUCUAUUUGUCCUUUAGAGGUACAAUGUGUAAGAAAUUUUCACACCUUGUUCGAUCACUUGUUAAAGGUGGUUGAUUUUUUUUUUUUUUUUUUUGAAGGGUUGACCAGGCUGCACAGUGGGAUCGCUGUUAGCGCUCUCGCCUCAGUGUACAUUUAUUCGGUUUAACUCGAGUUUGGACCUUUCCGUGAUCAAAAACAUACAUCUGAAGCGAAUUGGUGUGACUCUAAACUUGUGCGUAGUUGUGAAAGCUGAUGGUGUGAAUGUCUAGUUUUGGACUAGCAACCUGUCCAGGGUUCACCCUCACCGUAGAUCCAGCUCUCCUCGACUCUUGAGUUGGAACACCAAAAUCUGUAAUAUGAGAUAAAAACAACGAAAUGUUGCUUUAAGCCUGAAUUUAGUUCACUCGUUACUUCAGAGACCUUUUCCCCUCUUGUUGCGGGGUCGCAUUAUGAGACGGGAUAACUAGAAGUGGCUGGGUAGCUUUAGAAUUGUUGAUUUCAGUCCUUGUUUGGCUGUUUUGAAGAAAAACUCUUACAUAUUGUACCUUCCAUCUUCAUAGUUAAAUAAUAUAAAAUAUGUAGAGACACUAUUUGAGCGGCAUUCAUAUUCCUCUUGCUGCAUUUCGAUUGCUUUGCAUGGAAACAUAUUUCCUCAAAUCAGUAUAUAUGGUGAGAUUUGCCUGCCCAAAGGCACCUUCUGAUGUUGACAUUUUGUUGAUACUCACUGAAGCACAGCUCGGUCCCUUUAACGGAAACCUUGAUCUGGAAUCUUGAGUCCAGGUGUAGCUUUGCGAAAUGACCUUUAAAGCUUUAUAUUCACUGCAGUGCCUUUCUCCAUGACAAUGUUUCUCAGAAGACUUUUUACUCUUCAAUACGGGGUUAUAAUCGGUAUCGUUACACGUGUUCCUGUAUAAAGUGCUCAGUUACAGUCGCAUUUGGGUCAAAUGGGGCGUGGCAGCAGGGCGGCUCAGGCGGUGCCAAUAUGUAAAAUUACUGGAAUCGUGAAAGGCACGGCGUUGCAGCAGUGAUGAGACAGUGUUGAGAUGAUCUCUGCAGCUGGUUCCCUGAACUCCAUUGACCACAAAGCCAGACCCGAGCCAAAGUUACACGCAAAAGCUUUACUGAAAAAAAAAAAAAAAAGGCAAAAAUUUUGAA